CAGCGGGCAUCGAGUCAACUGGCGGAACAGCGGGCUUCGAGUCGUCUGGCAAGACUGCGGGCACCGAGUCGUCUGGCAAGACUGCGGGCACCGAGUCGUCUGGCAAGACUGCGCGGCACCGAGUCGUCUGGCAAGACUGCGGGGCACCGAGUCAACUGGCGGAACAGCGGGGGCAUCGAGUCAACUGGCGGAACAGCGGGCUUCGAGUCGUCUGGCAAGACUGUGGGCACCGAGUCGUCUGGCAAGACUGCGGGCACCGAGUCGUCUGGCAAGACUGCGGGCACCGAGUCGUCUGGCAAGACUGCGGGCACCGAGUCAUUUGGCUUGCCAGCGGGCACCGCGUCAUCUGGCAAGGCAAUGGGCACCGGGUCACCAGGC